CGCCAUGGCGAUGAGGCAGACGCCGCUGACGUGCUCGGGGCACACGCGGCCCGUGGUGGACCUGGCCUUCAGCGGCAUCACCCCCUACGGCUACUUCCUCAUCAGCGCCUGCAAGGAUGGAAAACCCAUGCUACGCCAGGGCGACACAGGAGACUGGAUUGGGACAUUUCUAGGUCAUAAAGGUGCCGUUUGGGGUGCGACUUUGAACAAGGAUGCCACGAAAGCAGCUACAGCAGCAGCUGAUUUUUCAGCCAAAGUAUGGGAUGCUGUGUCAGGGGAUGAGCUGCUCACAUUGGCUCACAAGCACAUUGUCAAAAGCGUGGAUUUUACACAGGACAGUGAUUAUCUGUUAACAGGUGGACAAGAUAAAUUGUUGCGUAUUUAUGAUUUGAGUAAGCCGGAAGCAGAACCUCAGGUUAUCAGUGGGCAUACUUCUGGCAUUAAAAAGGCUUUAUGGAGCAGUGAUGACAAACAGAUUCUUUCAGCUGAUGAUAAAACUGUCCGCCUCUGGGACCGGAAUACCAUGACUGAAGUAAAGGCAUUAAACGUUGCCAUGUCAGUGAGCAGUAUGGAGUAUGUUCCAGAAGGACAGAUCCUUGUGAUAACCUAUGGGAAGACCAUUGCUUUUCAUAGUGCAGAAACUCUAGAGCAAAUUAAAUCAUUUGAAGCUCCUGCUACGAUCAAUUCUGCAUCACUUCACCCUCAGAAGGAAUGUCUGGUUGCAGGUGGUGAAGAUUUUAAACUUUAUAAAUAUGACUAUAAUACAGGAGAAGAAUUAGAAUCUUACAAAGGACACUUUGGUCCCAUUCACUGCGUGAGAUUUAGCCCCGAUGGAGAGUUAUAUGCCAGUGGUUCUGAGGAUGGCACACUAAGGCUGUGGCAGACAACAGUAGGGAAAACCUAUGGUCUUUGGAAAUGUGUAAUUCCUGAAGAGGAGAAUGCAGAAGCAGCAAAAGCAAAGACUACCCUUCCAGCGACUGCAGAGGAGGAAAUAGAAGAUAUUGCCUCUGAGAACUCGGAUUCAAUGUACAGCUCAACUCCUGAAGUUAAAGCCUGAGCAUCACAACUGUUAGGCAACAUACAGACAUGGGAGACUAAAUCAAGUGAACAGUGAUAUGCAGCAGCCUUCCGGAGUGCACUCUCUACAUAAGGCAAAGAUGGGCAGUAAUUGAUGAGAAUGCGUUGGAACUGGCUAGGUGUUGUCUAUAAGAGAACUGAGUAUCCAAAAAAAAAAAAAAAAGAAAAAGAGAAAAGACAAGUAGUAGAGUUUUGCUAUCUUCUUAGCAUAGCUGCCUACUGUCUUUUGAAUGAAGCGUGCAAGCCAAGAUCCAGUCUCUCCAAUUUCAAUUAGACUCAUUAUAGUGUUUUCUUUAUUAUGGAGACGAGAUACAAGAGCUUUUACUCAUUUUUUUCAUUGUUCUUGAAAGUUGGAAUAUUUGGCUUUAGU